AUGGUGGUUGGGUACGCUUUCCCUGCCGAUAUUCACUGCUGGUCACUGCUGGCCCCAAUACACUUCUCUCAUCUUGUCAGGACUGAUCCCAUCUGCCUCAUCUUUUACCUCUUCACCAACUUAAUGACCUGUUCAAGUGCGGGGCAUCCCUAA